AUGUCUCAAUGGAAGGUAGCAGUAAUUACAGGUACUAAUAGCAACCUUGGGUUGAAUAUUGCUUACAGGCUAAUCGAAAGGGAGGAUCCCAAGAAUCGACUAACAAUUGUAGUCACUUCUCGCACAUUACCUCGCGUAAGAGAAGUAAUUAGUCUCAUUAAAUCUCACAUCAAAAAAAUUGAUCGUCCUGGUGUGAUUGAUUUCGAUUAUUUAUUGGUUGAUUUCACCAAUAUGGUAAGUGUUCUGAAUGCAUACUAUGAUUUGAAAAAUACGUACAGUGCUAUUCAUUAUUUUUUCGUAAAUGCUGCUCAAGGUGUCUACGAUGGUAUUGACUGGGUCGGUGCGACAAAAGAAGUAUUGAAUAGUCCCUUAGCUGCGGUUACAUAUCCUGAAUAUAAAAUUCAAAGAGUUGGAGUUACUUCUAAAGAUGGGAUGGGCCUUGUAUUUCAAGCUAAUGUGUUUGGGCCUUAUUACUUACUCCAAAAAAUAUUGCCUUUACUUAUGGAGGGCAAAGCCACGAUAGUUUGGGUCUCAAGUUUAAUGUCAGCCCCCAAAUAUUUAUCACUCCAAGAUAUAGAAUUGUUAAAGACAAAUGCAUCAUAUGAAGGUUCGAAGAGACUGGUGGAUUUGCUACAUAUGGCAACUUUCAAAGAAAUGAAUUCAAAGGGGGUCAGACAGUACGUAGUACAACCUGGUAUUUUUUUAAGUCAUUCAUUCUACAAAUAUUUGAAUUUCUUCACGUUUUAUGGUAUGCUCUUUCUCUUUUACUUGGCGAGAUUACUGGGUUCACAAUGGCAUAAUAUCGAUGGUUACAAAGCUGCGAAUGCUCCUGUCUACGUCGCCACAUUAGCUAAUCCACAGUUUGAACAUCAAAACAGUAAAUACGGCUCCGCAGUUUCAUUUGAUGGAAUUGAAUAUAUUGAGAGGACGGAUAUAGACCCAACUGGCUGUAAUGAUGUCUUAAGUUAUAUAAAAUCAAAAGAGAAAGAAUGGGAUGAGAAGCUGAAAGAUCAAAUCAAAAGAACUAGGAUACCAAUCUGA